AUGACGCGAACAGGUACUUUGCGAGCCUACUAUCUCGGCUGUGUAGUCUGUAUGGGCGGCUUUUUGUUUGGCUACGACUCUGGAAUCAUUGGCGGAGUCCUAACUCUUGCAUCCUUCGAAGAUGACUUCGGCUAUACCAAAAAAGAAGCAACACGCAACAGUUCUCUGUCGGUCGGCCUCCAACAACUCGGUGCUUUCCUCGCAUGUUUUGCUAUCUGGCCUGUCACGCAUCGCUUCGGUCGCAAAUGGGCUUUAGUACUGUGUUCGGCCAUUUUCGUCAUCGGAGCCAUCAUCCAAACUAUCGACACUCACUCUUUCAGCGCUUUCCUGGCUGCUCGAUUUGUUGCCGGCAUCGGUCUAGGAGGCAGCAGUGUCGUUGUGCCCAUGUUCUCGAGUGAGAUGGCUCCAAAAGAACUGCGUGGUCAGAUUGGCAGCUUCUAUCAGCUCUUCUACACGCUUGGCAUCUUCACCUCCUACUGGAUCGACUACGGUGUAGGCAAGGACAUUCCAACAAGCGAGGCCAAACAAUGGCAAAUCCCCAUUGGCAUCCAAAUCCUCCCCGCCGCCCUUCUCGGCCUUGGAAUGUUCACGCUCAAAGAAUCGGUUCGCUGGCUGACCCUCAAAGGCCGCCACGCCGAAGCCUGGGAGUCUCUUCAAUGGAUUCGAGCCGAUAGCGGACCCUCCACUCAACUCGAGAUGGACGAAAUCCGCUUGGGCGUGGAAACCGAAUUGCGAGAAAAAGAAGGCUUCCAGCUCCGCGAACUCUACACCAAACCCGAUAACCUCAAACGCACCAUCACUGCCGCGGUAGUCUUUGUCGCUCAACAAUCUACCGGAGCAACCGCCUUCGCAACCUACGGACCUCAAUACUUCAAAUUACUGGUGGGGAGCAAAGGUAACAACGACCUCCUGCUCACCGCAAUCUUCGGCGCCAUAAAAGUAGCCGCAUGCCUCACCUUUGUCGUCUUUGUUGCCGAGCGUGUGAAUCGCAAGAUCGUGUUGACCCUUGGCGCCCUGGGGAUGGCUGCCUGCCAGAUCUGCACCGCUGCGAUUGUGCGCUCGAAGCCUCCCCCUGGAGACGCAACUGUCACAUCCUCUGGCAUCGCCACCGUGGCGUUGAUCUACCUGUUUGUUAUGAUAUAUAACUGGUCAUGGGGUCCAUUACCAUGGCCUUACAUCUCAGAGAUUUUCCCUACAAGAAUCAGAGAGCCUGGUAUCGGUAUAGCCGUAUCCUCGCAAUGGCUAUUCAAUUUCGUUUACUCAAUCAGCACACCUUAUAUGAUCAGAAACAUGGGCUGGGGCACUUUCUUAUUCUGGGGUAUUGCGGAUGUGGUGAUUGCGGCAGGUGCUUGGUUGUUCUUGGAUGAGACUAGAGGAAGAAGUUUGGAGGAUAUCACGCAUACGACUGAUGGAGUGAAGAGCUUCGGCGAUGAGAGGGAGUAUGGAGCUGGGCAAGGGGAUGGUGGGAAGGGACCUGGUGUUGAGAUUCGAUAG